AUGUGUAAAAACGCUGAUUACCAAAUCGUUCACAAAAGUAGCGCACACGCAUACAUAAAUAUUAAAUAACGAGAUACUUUCUUAAACAAUAGUUUUGAAUAUUCCGCCGAAACUAAGUCAAACUUUCUACCUUUUACGUUAAAUAUACAAUACAUUACAAUAUUUACAAUGUCAUUGUGUUUGCGCUUUUAAAACAAGUGUACUGGCCCGGACAUGCCGUCGAAAAAAGCGAAAGUCAAGUCGCCGACAGUCUAUGCCUUGUGUAGCGACCGGCGAUCGGUGAAAGAAGAAAUGGAACGCCAUUUUGAUUCCGCUGUCAGUUCGAUUGCAACUUUUGGCGGGAAACGACGACUGUGCACGUUUUUUUAAUAAAAAAAUACAUGCGUGCGUGAGUAACGGAAGUGAAUUCGUUAAAUUAAAUAACGAAAUGGAUUUGAGAGAGAUCAUUAAGUGGUUUAUCCCAUGUUUUCACAUUUUGCUAAAAUUGGAUGCCAGGAUGACUCUGAUUUGGUUAUUAUUGUUUUGUAAUCUAUGUCCGGGUAUAAGUGCUAGUGAAUUAGAUGAAAGUAGUCAUUUAAAUAACGCCAAAAAUGUAGUUAGUUACGAAAAUAAUUUUAAGUUCAACCAAAGUGAAGUUUAUGGGGAUAAGUUGUUGGUUUCUGUGGAAGCGAUCAAUGAUACUUCAGUUGUGCGCAUCCACCGCUACGAGCACCCGGUGGCCUGCCAGCUCCGCCAUGUCGAGGUGCAGGCGCUGCCAGCGCGCGCGCGGCCGCGGCCACACCUGUAUAUCGUUUCAGGUCGAACAUUCGGUCGUCCAAUGAAGAAGAUGAUGCAAGCGUUGAUCCCGCUAGCUAUGGCUAUCGGCUCCGCCGGCACUUGGGCGGUGGUCGCGGCCCUUAUAGGAGCCAAGACUUUGGUGGUCACUCUCUUUAUACUGAAGUUACUUCUUAUGGCGGGAGCUGCUAAGUUCGGCGGUCUCCUCGGUGCAAAGUUGCACCACCAGCCUGCACCACACUACGCUCCCCCACCAAGUAAGGAGAUCCAUCUACAUAUACAUAACGGGCAACAUGGCCAUCACGAGCAUGAGGAGGAGGUCAUACCUAACAUAUUGUUCGUAGCUUCGUGGUCCCGCGACAGUCCCGUCAGUUCUCCCGCCAGCAUUUCAUCUAAAGUGUCAGCGGAAGCUUACAACCCUUACCUAUAUCUAGCGGGACCUCAGACUAUACGGACCCCGUACGGGAACUAUGUCAAAGUGGACUGAGAGU